UCUGUAGCAGGAAAUUCUCUAUUUAGCCAAUCAGAACUUCGCGUUUGACAUAUAGGCAACAGCUUGCAGAAGAUAAGGUUUUAUAAUUGCUAUAUAGUUGAUAUCUGUUUGACAAUAUGGGUUCAAUAACUAAUGAAACUGCUAUAAUAACAACAGGGAGUUCUGUGGAAGUUGUGUCAACUGGACAAAUAGUUAAAGAAGAAAGUCACACUCUAGCCUAUAUUGUUGUGCCUCUCAGUGCUCUAGCAGUUGUUGUCAUUAUCGCAUUUGUAGUAAUGUUAAUUGUCAGAAAAAAUAGAAUUGACAGAUUACGACAUCAUCUUAUGCCAUUGUAUAAUUUUGAUCCACAAGAAGAAGACUGGGAAUCUGAAUUACUUGAUGAUAGAGGCAGAAAAAUGUACAACAAAGAAGGGAGCACAAGUUCAAUGUCACCACAGUUACAGUUUAAUACCUAGCAGGAAAAGAAUCUCAGAUGAGAAGUUGUUAUAUUCCCUCAAUCAAUGAUAUUAUAAAGAUUACAAUAUCUGGACUAGAGCCACAUAUGAUCACCGCUGUUUUGUUCAUCAUACAAUGUCUUUAUACUUGUACAUCAGAUAUUAUUAUAUGGGUUUCAAAAAUGGUCUUAAAAGGAAUGCUAAUAACACAUUGUACUUUAUUAUCUAAAAUUUUCAAUAUUUUGCAUUGCUCCAAAAACAAUUUUCAUGAUAAAUAUUUUAAAUACGAAUUUUGACACAUCAUUGUAAAUAUCACAAAUCAUGACUGGAACAGUAACACAUAUUCAGCAAAAUAAACUUAAAAGUACCACCGUUUCACAAUUUAUAGAUAAUACUUUCUUGUUAGUUUUGUAUUUUGAUCACCAUAAUAUUACAAUCAGCGCAUAUAUUCCUGCAAGUACAAGUACAUGUUUCUUAUCAAAUCAUGU